AUGGCAUACAAGUUUUGUUUUGCCGGGUCAAUUUAUUACCUUUGGAAAGAAAGGAACAACAGAACUUUCUCUGGAAAGCGUUUGACAGUGAGUGAUCUCAGCAAGUUGAUUGAUGAUUGUGUUCGAUGGAUUGCAGAUUCGGCAACAAUCUUCACGCUUGAAAAUCACUGCAGCUACACAGUUUGGCCCGGAACAUUAUCCGGCAACGGAGCCGCCGUCCUCGGCGACGGUGGCUUCGCAUUGCCUCCAAGCUCGUCGGUCCACUUCCCGGCACCACCGGGCUGGUCGGGCCGCUUCUGGGGCCGAACUGGGUGCAAAUUCGACGACUCCGGCAACGGCAAUUGCACCACCGGCGACUGCAAUGCACUCCAGUGCACCGGCGGUGGAGCUCCACCGGCCACCCUGGUUGAAUUCACCCUCGCCGGCGGCAGCAUCAACAGCGACAAGGACUUCUACGACGUCAGUCUCGUGGACGGCUACAAUGUGGGUAUGAGCGUACGGCCGUCCGGCGGCACCGGCGACUGUCAGCACGCCGGUUGCGUCACGGACCUCAACGGGAACUGCCCGCCGGAGUUGAGGGUCAUGGAUUCGGGUUCAGUUGUGGCUUGCAAGAGCGCAUGUGCUGCAUUUAACGCGCCGGAAUUCUGUUGCACCGGCGAUCACUCGACGCCGGCGACAUGUUCGCCGAAUCAGUACUCGGAGAUGUUCAAGAAUGCGUGCCCGACGGCCUAUAGUUAUGCUUAUGAUGAUGCUUCAAGUAUUUGUACUUGUUCCGGGUCGGAUUACUUGAUCACCUUCUGUCCAACCGGGUCAUGA